AUGUCUGGUGAAAACGAGGACGUUUCGUCGAUUGUGCAGAGCUUUGUGGAGAGCGAGUUGGCUUCGCUGGAUAGUGCGGCAACCCACACCGACUCUCUUCAGCUGAACAACAAGUACACUGAACCCGUAAAGUCUUCAACACUAACGGGCCCCCCUCGCGCAGGAACCCGACAGCCUGCGCCUCCUUUGUCGAAGGCCUCGGCUGGUUCUUCUAUAUCCAACUCCCGCGUAGCUCCCGAGCACUCGCCUGCGGGCAAAACCCCACCAUCCCGGACUUCGAGCGCAGAGAGCCAUGACCAACGGCGGUCUUCACUGGGCGACAAGUUCAAACUAUUCGGUCGCCGCAUCACCAGCAACAACUCGAAAUGA